AUGAAACUCUUUUUACUCGCAGUCUCUCUUCUCGUUAGUAACUGCCUGGCAGUAACUCCCGAUGCGGUUUAUGGAGGCGGCUUUGAUCACAACAAGAAUGACUCCAUCAAGUUGCUUAUUGCCAACGGAGGAGCUGGUCAGAGCGGCUUGAUCAAGGAGCUUGCGAAUGCAUACAUCAAAAGCCGCGUUGGAGACGGCGAGAAACCAUUCCAGGUGGGAUGGAUCAAGAGCGACACCACCUACAGCAUUCAGUAUCUGAAGACGGGCGAGGCUGACAUCGGUAUUACGUACAAUCCACCUGCGGAAGAGAUUGCCAUCAAGCAAGGCAUCGCCAAAAGUCCAAGCUACUACGCUUUCCGAGACCACUUUCUUCUCGUCGGACCUAAGGAGAAUCCCGCAAAUAUCUCCAAAAGUGAUGACAUAAUGACCAUAUUCGCCAAUCUCCACGAAGCAGCUGAAGGCCCUGCUACUGAACCUCCUGUUCGGUUCCUAAGCCGUUAUGACAAGUCCGCUACCAACAUUAAAGAGACCUUGCUAUGGGCCGGCAUAGGGCAAGUUCCUUGGGCGACUGCCUACUCAACAUGGUAUCACCAAUACAUUGCUUUCCCGAUCCAAGCUCUUACAGCGGCCAUCAUCCUGCAGGAGUAUACUGUCACUGACCGUGGAACCAUCCUGUCCCUUGAUGCAGAUCUCAGGAAUCAGACUGUCAUUUACAAAGCGGGCACUGACAAGGCGGAUGACCUAUUGCUGAAUCCCGCUCAUGCAUUGAUUGGUGAGAAGGCACCCAAUGCUAAAGAGGCGGCCGCAUUUAUCAAGUGGCUUGUCAGCGACAAGGGACAGAACGUGAUCGCAGGGUUUAAGAAGGAUGGAGAAGUUCUGUAUUCUAAAGCACCAUGA